GUUGUGGCUUCGCAUCCCACCCCCCUCUCCCCCUUCUGGGAAGAGAUGCGGUGUAUAUAGAUUAGAGCCCGCCCCUCCCCCGGGACCAACGUCGCAACUCCGACGCCUUGAUUUCAUACCACAAGUUUAAAGCCUUCACCAAAUCGCAUCGAUAUCUCUAGGCCAUCGAUAUAAACACUAUCAAGCAAAAACACACCCACCCCCCUAACAUUCAACGUCAUCAUUCCACAGGAGGCUUCACUCCUCAGGCCCCCGUGUAAACACAACAUAAACCAAAAAAAUAAAAACCAAAAGACAGACACUCUGGAGCAAUCAUGUCAUCGACUUGCAGCUCGCCGCAAUACAGGUACUCGUCCAGCUGCUCUUCGAGAUCGUCGACCGGUCCUUUAUCCCCCCAGACCGCCAUCACGACUCCCAGCAGCUGCAACUCAUCUCCAAAGCUGGAAUCAUCCAGCAGUUUUCCCUCGCCGCCGCUGUCGCCCAGGGACGACCUGGAGCGACAGUUUUAUGCGGCUAGACAGUCGCAGGCACAGUCGCCCUCCGCGAUUUCAGUGUAUACGUAUUCCCCCGAAGAACAGCAACUUGGCUCAACUUCACCACCACCGCCGCCGCAGUUCCCGAUUAGUCCGAGCAUCGGGACACCAUACGAGCGGGAGCCGUCCGCAUACGACGAAGCCGUUAACUUCUAUCUGUACUCUCCGCUCUCUCCGACCAGCAUCUACUACGAGUGGCCGAGUCCGAUUCCGAGUCCGAGCGUGCCCGAAUACUGUCCGUGGACCGAGUACUCCGGCUACCCGCCGGCAUCAGCAUUCUACGGCCCACUCCCCCUCCCCUUCGAUUGCAGCGCGCAACAGGAGUCCAGCGGUUGCGACUCGAUGAUGACGAUGGUGGAUUUGAUGGAGUACGGAACCGAGCAGCAGCAGCAGUGGAUGCCGGCGGAUGAGCGACGGUUGGAGUUUUCGGCCAUGUCCUUGCACUGCGCGGCCAUGUGAGCCUCUGGCCCGCCGGGAGCCAGAUCGGAGCACGAACGAGGAUGGCGCACGCACACAUCAUCACCAUCACCACUACGGUUCGAAACGGAGCUUCACGCCCGGCCGGGCCGGGUAUGUCCCACCCACCCAACCACCCACAGCCUCAGCCCACCGACGACGACCGCGCCGAGCAGACCAGAGCAGAGCGCACCGUGUCCGGCAGUUGUGUGUGUGUGUGUGUGUGUGUGUGUGUGUGUGUGUGU